AUGGCCGACAACGUUGGACUUACGACACCGAGAGGUAGCGGCACCUCCGGAUACGUCCAGAAGAAUCGCUCACUGCUCAGACCCCGUGACAAGGUCGCGCCGUACCAGAAAGACUUGGAUCAUGCACGACACCGACCGCGACAGCCAGACGCAGACAUUCUCGAGCAUGAGGCUAAGCGCGACAUCGAAGUCAAGGUGUUCGAGCUGCGCGACAAGCUUGAAGAGGAAGGUGUCGAUGAAGACGACAUCGACGACCAAUGCGAGGCUCUGCGCAGAAAGCUCGACCAGGAACGAAAAGACGGAAAAGACCUCGGCCCCAACGCAAAGCGACUGAAGUCACAUCAAGUCCACGACUUGGCAAAGGCAAAGGCAGAAGAAAGCGACAGGAUGAGGAAGGCGUUGGGCAUAAGCGAGGAUUAUGAAGAAGGCAGUCAUUGGCGGAAGCAAGAAGAGCGCCUGCGGGAUUCUUUGGCGAAGAGAGAAGCCGAGGACGAAGAGAAGGCUGAGAGAGCAAGGGAGGCUCGCAGAUACAACGAGAACGAUUCAGACUGA